AUGCUGACGUUCCACGCCAAGCUCGAGUGCAACACGUACUCACCCUGGCUAGAGCACUAUGUAAGCUACCUGCCGCUCAAGGCGCUGGUCAAGAAGCUUCAGCGGCGCGAUGCCUUCCUUCGGCGGCACGGAACAGGCGACGAGGCGGAGCCGUGUCUCCCGCCCGAGGCCAGCGACUUUGCCAGAGCAUUUGAUGCCAACUGCAUCCGCGUGGAAGAUUGGUACAACGAGCGCCUCGACGAGUUCUUAGCGCAGUUUGCGCUUCUCACGCGCCAGUUCGAGACGCUGCAAAGCCACGGCGUGCAAGAUCAUGUCGAGACAGAGCUCCUCAAGACGUCGUUCAUCGAGCUUCACCACCUCGUGCGGACCUUGCGCGACUACGCACUGCUCAAUUACACGGCGCUGCGCAAAAUCCUAAAAAAAUACCUGAAGAAAUGCCCCACAGCCAGCGCCAACCACGACACGCUCCAAGCCGAGCUCCAUUCCCAAGCGUUUGCGAGCGCCGAGGCCGCGCAGCGAUUGACAGCCGACCUCGAAGCCUAUUACAUGGCGUCUUUCCACGACAACGACCGCGUCCUCGCGCUCUCGGAGCUCGACGGCUGGAAAGACGAUGCGCUCGACUGGCGACACGUGUACAUUGGCUUGAAGAUGGGCGUCUGCUUGGUGCUGACGCUCUGGCUGCUCUGGGACCACGCACUACUGGCCUCGCCAGGCUACCACGUCAAGCUGACGCAGACCAAGGCGUAUCCUGUCUACCGCGGCGUCGCGCUUCUUCUCUUCUUCCACUGGCUCUGGGGCCUCACGCAGUUCGCGUGGCGCUCGGCGCGCAUCAACUACAUGUUCAUCUGCGAGCUCGACCCACGCACGACCGCCGACUACACCCACGUCUUCAACGACGCCAGCGACCUCACGAUGGUCUUCUACGCCAACUUUCUCUUGUACGUUCAGAUUGUCUCGGGCGAGCUCUCCGACUCGCUUCUUCCGCGCGGCUACUACCCGCUCAUUCUCGUCGUCUACAUUCUCGUGAUCUUGUUUGGACUCUUCCACUCGUACUACUCGCCGCUAGCGCCGAGCAACUCGCUGCAGGUGGUGUGGGUCUGUCUAUUUGUUUGCAGCUCUGUGUACAACUGGUUGUGGGAAGUGGUCAUGGACUGGGGUCUUCUUCGGCCGAAAUACCAAUUCCUGGGUGACGGACACAUGUACUCACGCCGGUGGGUCUACUACGUGGCCAUUGUCGUGAACCUCGUCCUUAGCUUCUCGUGGACGCUGGCGCUGAUCCCGCCCGACGUCGGGUUCUUCGGCACGCUUCUCCUGGAUGUGCAGCCGAUUACGCUCUUCAUGGAGCCGAUGCGCCGCACCAUGUGGAGCUGCCUCGCGAUGGAAAACGAGCACUUGCGCAACACGCUGGGCUUCCGGAAGGAGCACUUUAUCCCGUUGCACUUUGACCGGCCGCCCUCGCCCACGGAGCGCAAGCCGACGUACGCGUUCCGAAUCGCGGCCCUGAGCGCUGCCGUGCUCUGCCUGAGCGUUGCUGCGAUUCUCUUGGGCUAA